AUGCAGAGUAACUUGCGUGGGCUGAUUUUGAGAGAAUCUUCUGGCUGUAAAGGUCAAUAUUGAUGACAUUAAGAUGUAAUGGUCUGUCUUGACAGAGCCACCUGUCUCCAAAACGGCGUUCAUAACGACAAGUUUAUUUGCUGCUGUUGUUGUCCGCAAAUGUAGCGCGUAAGGGGAAGCGGCGUUUAAUUCCACGCAGAAAGACUUCUCUUAAUGCUUUGAGAGAAAUAUUUUCAGAUUGAGGAGAUCUAGCAUGACACAAUGCUUAGCAAAACGUGCAGAAUUGAAGUUUGAGGCCUUUUUCAAUUAUUAUCUUUUGCCUAGACAUGUAUGGAUAUUCUGCCCUCCAUAACGCUGUGGUUACACAGAACCUCAAAGCCGUUCGCAGCCUAACAGGAUCAACACAAACAUGCGACCUCGAGUGGCGAGACUCCAUGGGUUUUACUGCGCUUCAUCUGGCCACCUUACAGGGAAAUAAAGAUCUCGUUGAAAUUCUGGUUUUGGCAGGAUGUGACGUCAAUAGUCGCACGAAAGUAAGCUCAUUUUAAUAUCACUGAAAAGUCCUCGCAUUGAAUAAUACAAGAGUGAGUACUAAGCCUGUUCCAGGUGUUUAGUUAGUAGAAUGGAGAUAAAUAAGACAAACGGCGUCAUUUCAGCGGAGCAGAAAAAAGCGAGGGAGGUCUUGGUCGGGUGGGGUCGGGUCGGGUCGGGUCGGGUAAAGAACAAUAUGCGUCCCGACCCAAACCUCUGUUGUAUUUUCACUCCUCCGCCACUAUAGCACUGUUUACUAUCGCGUAUCACUUUCCUAACUGAAAUACUGGAACAAGCUAGUGAGUGCUGAACUGGAAAGUUAAAGAGGCACUAUACGCAGCUUCCCCUGAUUGAAACCUGAAGUUAAUUUUAAUUUCUGUACUGUAGACAGUGUCUCAUAGGCUAACGUUUACUUAGAGAAUUUCCAGCUUACGCUCCGAUUACGAAAUAAUAAUAAUAAUAAUAAUAAUAAGGACUUUAUUUAUAGAGGGGGACACGUAACAGCUGAAAAGCUGACAAACCUGUGGCCCUCUAACUAGAUUAUACAGCAUUACAAAAUAAUACUAAUAAAUAGAUAAAUAUACAAAUAAUUACAAAAUUCUAUGAUAGAAAUAGCAGGAUAUAUUAAAAAUAUUCAGAAAGAUAAAAUUAAUUUAUAAAAAAUUAAAAUUAGAUAAUGUGCUAUUGCUUAAUAUUGUUUCAAAGUUGUCCAGGUUUCUAUAUGAGCUUAUAAAAUACUUUUUCACAGCUGUUUUGAAUAGUUUUAUACUAGGCUUAUUUUUGAUAUUAUGGGGAAGGCUGUUCCAUAACUUAACUGCGUCAACACUGAAUGCCUUGCCACCAUCGUUAUUUCUUAGGUAUUUGGGACACACUAAAUUUAAAUUGCCAUGUCUAGUAGACCUAUUGUGUACAGAACUGUUCGUCUUGAGCAAGUCUCUGAUGUAAAUCGGAACAUCGCCUUUAAGGCUCUUAAAAAUCAUUGUACACUUAUUUAGUUUGAUUUCAUCAAAAAAAAAGGCAACCAGCCUAGUUUACUAAAGUUUAUAACACUUCUAGAAUAAGAGUCAACUCCAAGGAUUACUCGGGCAGCCCUUUUCUGUAACCUUAGGAGACAGUGGAGUUCUUUAGCGUCGCAGAUAUUCCAAACCAAGCUCCCAUACAUAAGGACGGGUUUAAUCAAGGCGUUAUAGUAUAAGAGUCUUUCUUUUAUUGGAAGGUACCUCUUUAUCUUCUUCAAUAAACCAAUACGCUGAGAAAGCUUGGCCUUUAGACUAGAAAUGUGGUCGCUAAAUGUAAGAUCUUGAUCGAGUGUUACACCAAGCAAUUUAUAAGAAGUUACUUGUUCUAUUUCGGCCCCAUCAAGGGUUAUUGACAGGUGAUUGCCUUCCGCUAAUGAUGAAUGUAGCCUCUUUCCGGUGAUAAGUAAUGCAUUGGUUUUAACGGCGUUUAGGACCAUCCCAUUUUCGCUAGACCAUUUACUUAAUUUAUCCAUGUAUUCUUGAAGACGUCGUUCCAAUUCCAAAGGUGCAUUAUCGAUAUUAGCGCUGGCUUUUAAAUCUUAACAAACUGUCUAUUCCAGGAAGGGAUGACUUCGCUACACAUCAGUAGUGAACAGAAAAGAGCUGACGAAAUCUUGCGCGUUUUAGCAUCGGCGUCUUGCAAUGUCAACGAGCGUAACAAACUGGGAAGAACCGCUCUCCAUCUUGCCGCUAAGCUAGGAAACCUUCAAAAUCUAAAAGUGCUACUCGACAAUGGUUGUGACAGAAAUAUUAAGGACAAACUUGGUUUCACGGCCGUCGGUUUGGCUUUUAAUUUUAACCAGAAAGCAAGUGCAGACAUUUUACUCCACUAUAAAUCCCGGCGGAAGCGACGCUCUGGAGGAGAAACGAACUCUGAGGAGAGCCUUUAUCAGGAUGGCACAACUAAAAACAGUCAAAUAUCUAACGGAGAACGUAAGGCGGAAAAGCUCGUGGAAAGGACCUCUAUUUAUUCUAAAAAAACGGAUGAUACGAAGUCGUUGAAGCUCGUAGACAAGGCUGAGAAAAAAGAGGCAUCUUCAAAAAUGCUGCACUUUAUCAUGGCUCUGUUAACACAGAAGAGAAACGUACUAGAUGGUUUAACAAAUUGGGAUUCAAGAAAAAAGUUGGAACCUGUCGAGAGAAAUUUACGGGAUUUAAUUUUUACUUCUCUUAUUCAGCAUUCCCUCGCAACGCGCACCUCAUUAAAACUGAAUGAUGAAUCUGGAGAACAAUGUGUGUGUGAUUUUUACCUAAAGCCCGGCGAAUUCGUGGGAAGUCAAGUUCUUGUGUGUAACCCGGGUUCGAGUUUACUGGUCGAACUACUGCAGGGCGUGAAAGAUUCUUUUUCAUUUUCUCGAGAGAGAUCCUGGUUGAUACCGAAGCAACAUCAGAGCAUACCACCGCCAUCGAAAUGGAAAUUGCAAGAGAAGGAAUCUAUUUUGAAAGACUUGAAAGUCAAUGAAGAAAAGAUAUCAACAGCACCACUUAGCAAUGCGAAAACGGACACCUCCAUAUCGGAACUCGAGAACGUGUAUGAUCAGACAACCAUGACAACUGUAUAUGAAGACCCAACUUUGAUCGAACUCUGUGAAGAAAAUCCUCCAGAGAUGGACAAUGAGGCUAUAGAGAAAGGCCUUAAUAGGCUAAACAAUCUCAUGAUUUCUAUCAAGGAUUCAGAAAACAUAAAACAGGUAUUUGAUCGCACGGACAGCGGUCUCCUUACAGACGAGAUUGAAAUUUAUCUUUCGCGUUUGGAUGACGUCAUUACCAUGAAAAGUACUCCUACGUCAUUUAUUGAGGCUACUUUAGAAAUCUUCUGUCAGAAUUCAGACAUUUCUGUUUACUGCGCAAAGAAACGAAAUUUACUUUUUAGCUCGCUUUUAGAGAAAGUCAUAACUGCGUGUGGCUCGUGGGACGCAGAUAAAAUCGCUAAGGUUUUUCUCCAUGUCUGCGUUGUCUUUGUGAGCGACCGGCGGUUGUUACUUAGUUGCGCAGGCGCCGUGUUAAAGCUCGGACUUUGCCAUCCACAAGCUGACGCGAUCGCCCUGGGAACUUGUAUUUUAGUGAGAACGGGUCUUCUCAAACAGGAAGAUGACGUGGAAAUUAUUACAGACGUAAGGGGGCCGCUCUUAGCCCUGGAACACUUAUGCGCAGAAGAAUAUUUCCCGAGAAAUCUGGCCGCCAUCUUUGCUUCUUUUCUAUCUAAGUCAAGCCCUAAGUUGUUCGGAUUGGAUCAUCUGCGCCUUCGAGCAUUGGCGUCUGCGGUAACCAAAGAGGUACUUCCUACUUCAUGUCAGGAAGCCGAAAGCGACGCGGGAAAAAGUUUCAAACGGGUUUGCGACAUUGUUGCGCUCGAAGGAUACAACGAAGAACUUUUAUCGUGUGCUGAUGCACUGUUUACGAGAGCUUUUGUGACGCUGGGUUGUAACGCAUGGCGAAUAGGCGAAAGCAUUCUUAUUCAUCUUGGUUUAUUGAAAAGUGAACGUUUCGUUGAAAUUGUCAGGAAUCAUGGCACCGCUUUUAAACUUUUGCGUCAUGCACUGAAGGAGAGCUAUUUCCCACCAAUCCUAAAACAGUUGCUAAUGUGUUUCCUUCAAAAACCCAAUCCAGUACUUACAGCAUAUUCCACUGAAGUCGAAGAUAUUCUGCGUAUCGUACAGUAACCAUGGAAUGGUGGUACGGUAAGGUCGAGUUAAUAUCAUGUAUUAUGCAUUCUUCAAAUAAGAUUUCUUAACUUAUCUGCACAACCUUGCUUGCCCUGAGGUUCCAGUCUGUUUUGCUGUGGGUUGUUGCACCAAAUUUCAUACGAGUCCCAGCGUUCAAAUUGUAAACGGAGAAGGAAACACAAAGCGAAGUAACAACACAAUCAGAGGAGGACUUUCGACUCUCUUUUUUCACUCUGAGUUUUUUUGGCAGCCAGUUUACUGACCCAAAGCGUGAAAAGGCGAACACGUCCCCUCAACUGAUCUGACAACAUCUUGCAGUUUAUAUUGUUUUCAUUUAACCCUUUAACUCCCAUGAGUGACCAAGACAGAAUUUAUCCUUACACCAUCAAUACAAUACCAACCAGAUAAGUGAUGAGAAUAAAGAAAAAUAUCAAUUUGGGGAUAAUUAGUUGAUCCAAUACUAAAUUCUCUGAACUAGCAUGAUAAGAAUGGUAUGGUUGACAGUAAGGAGAAUUACAAUUUUGAUGUGGGAGUUAAAGGGUUAAUAUUCUUUUUGAGGGAUGCACAUUUUUUUCGCGACGAGCGCUACAUACGGAUUUAGAGUAUGACAUGUUUGCUUUCCAGAUUUAUACUGUCGUUAUAAUUGUAAGAAAAAUACCUAAUUUUAUAAACAGGUCUCGUAUAGCGUGUAUUUAUACUGUUACAGCGAAGUCAAACGCAGCCUCAAUCUUACUGCAUGGUUUCAUGGUACAAACUGAAAAUAAAUUAAAAUAUUAUUUACGCAC